UAUUUGCCAUGCGUAGUAAUCGUCUCUGUCUCUUCCCUUUCACCACCGUCGUUACUGAUUUCUGCAAUUCAAGUUUCUAUGGAGUUAUGAUGACCUACUAUCACUCAUUCAAUUCUGUUAUUUACACCUAUUUUCAUGAGGGAUUUAUCCUUCCACCUCCCUCUGUUUCUGCUCUUAUAAAACCUCUUCAUCGAAGCUUUCAUGGAACCAAAAUUGAUGACCUAAAAUAUCAUCAUGUUUAUGAAUCACAAAUAACCACUAGGGGGGCUUGAAGCGAGAGGAUCGGAGAAAGCAGACAGAUGUUGUGUUGUUCGUCGGCGUUCCAAAGAGUAGCCUCCUUAAUGUUCAUGGCUCCCAAGUUAAAACCUCAGCGACUCCAUCAAAUUGCAGAGACUGGUGCUGAGCAACUGGUUAAGAAAGCAAUGACGAUGAAUACCGAAUCCUCAAUGAAAGAUGCUUUCUCUCUAUACGCUGAUUAUCUCAACAACUUCAAUGAGAAACGAAAGAGAGUGGUGAAGGCAAGUCGUGAUAUCACUAUGAACAGCAAAAAAGUCAUCUUUCAAGUUCACAGACUCAGUAAAGACAACAAAGAAGAGGUUCUGGAGAAAGCAGGGAAAGAUUUAGAAGCAGUGAGGGAACAACACUUCAAUGAUUAA